GUAUUGACAUCAAUGUCCGGCUAUAAUAUCGAUAGGUUUGUGGAUUUGAGUGAAUCGGAAAGGGAUGAACUGACGUGCAGUAUAUGUCAGGAUAUAUUAUGCUGUCCACGGGUAGCACCUUGCUGUUUGCAAAUGUACUGCGAACAAUGUAUCAAUGAAUGGUUGCAUACAAAUAAUACCUGUCCUCAUGAUAGAAAACCGCUCACUAAUAUUGAGCUCAAUAGACCACCAAGAGCCCUGGUUAAUUUAUUAUUGAAUUUGAAAAUAACUUGCGAUAAUAAAGCAAAUGGUUGUGAUGAAGUGGUUAAAUUAGAGGACCUUGCUCAUCAUACACUUAAUUGCAAGUUUAAUAUAACUAAAUGUAAAGUUUGUUUAUGCACAAUGGACACUGAUCAUAAUUGUGUCAAUACUUUACUGCAAUUAAACAAAACUGCACGAACAGAGAUUAUGGAUUUGAAACAAGAAUUGUACAAGAUCAAACAGUUAACAAGCACUAGUGAUGCUAAUGAAUUCUAUACGUUUGAUUACAAGUCAUUGAAAGAGAGGCUGAGAACCGGGAAAAUGCGAAGAGAUUUAGAAAUAUUGAAAUCCGAUGUAAAGGAGUCGAUGUUAUCACAUGUGAACACAUUUGUGUUCAAUUCAAUCGUAGAAACUGAUAAUCUGUAUGACAUGACUGGGCUGCUACAGAAGCGUAUGAUGAAAAAACUAGUCAAUAAGGCAGGCACCUAUAUAUGCAAAUAA